AUGCAGGAGCCUGUGCAGCAGUGGAGAGUUAAGGAAGCUGACUUGUUGGGCACUGUGCAGACUGUUGUUAUAGAUUGUGGUCAAGCGGGGUUGGCAACUGAGGGAAGUGAUGCAGGUGAAAUUAAAGGAAGUGGAGUGGAUCAAAAUGCUGCAGAGAUUCAGGGUGUUGGAGAGGUAGAUAUGGUGAAUGGAGAUGGAGGGGAGGUACAGGCUGCAGAAGCAGUUACUGCAAAUGGUGGACAGCUGGACUUAGUGGUUGAGGGGCAGGUAGCUGGGGGAGGUAUAGAGGUAGGAAAAUAUACUGUGAUGGAAGCUUAG